AUGCAAAAGUCCAUGGACAAGAUGGUGAGCAAGAUCAAAAGUUUGGAGAAGAAGGUUUCUGGUUCAUCAAGCAAGAAGAAGAAGGCCCAUGGUUCCACAUUCCUAGGAGUAGAUCACUCCUCACCACCCAAGGAGGCUCCCUGCCCAAGAGCCUCACAGAGCCUCUUCUUUCGAGCCAAGAGAGGAGAGACAACACGCAGAGAAGGAGGAAGACUUCUAAGGCCAGACGCUCCAGCUCGACCACCGGACUCGAUCGAGUCCAAAUCAGAGGAAACUCAACUCGAUCGAGCUGACGGUCGAGUUGGACCUUGA